AUGGCGCAGCCUUACGCCUCAUAUGGCUACGGCCAGCCCACGCCAGAGCAGGCAGCCUACUAUGGUAGCUACGCUGGCUACGGUUAUGGUGGCGACGACCCUGCGUACGCGUACGCGCAACACCAGCAGCAGCAGCAACCCAGCGCCGCGGCCUACGACCCCCAUGCCUACGCCCAGUGGUAUGCGCAACAACAACAGCAGCAGCAGGCCCCGCCACCACAGCCGCCUGCUCAGCACGCGCCGCUGCCUGGAGAGCCUCCCUUGCCGCCGGAUCCGGCACCCGGAGCUGCGGCAGCGCCGCUGUCUGCCGGCCAGCCAGCGGCGACUUCUGGAGCGUAUGAUACCUACUAUGCAGUGCAGCAGCAGCAGCAGCAGCAGCAACAGCAGCAAAAGCAGCAGGCCGGGGCGUACUCUUAUGGGGGAUACCCUGGGUAUGGUGCAUGGCCGCAGCAGGGGCAGCAGCAGCACCAGCCACAAGCGCCGGCAUCGGCAACGCCGCAGCCGCAGCCGGCCCCGUCGACGCCUGCGGCGGCACCCCAGCAGCAGCAGCAGCCGCAGCCGCAGCAGCAGCAGCACCAGCACCAGCAGCGGCAGCAAGCGUCCUACCUGACGUCUGACGUCAACUACUCAGCCGUCCCCCCGCCCGCCGCGCUCGCGCCGCGCCCGCGGCCCAUGCCGCCCUCCGCCGCGCGGCCGCCGGCCGCCUGGGGCGCCGCGCCCGCGCCUGCGCCUGCGGCCUCCCCCGCACCCUCCCCUGCGGCCGUGGCUACACCGGC